CGCCGAGCCCCCGCCAUGCCGCCGCCGGGGGGCGGCCGCGCUGGGCCGGGCCCGCUGCGCUCCCGGGGCUCCCGCCGGCCGCCGGGGCCCCCCCCGCCCCCGCGGGCCGCCUCACCCCGUCCCGCCUCACUCGCGGCUCGGCCGCCGGCGGGGUCGCGGUCGGUGCUGGCUCUCGUCACCCUGCUCAGCUUCGCCUCCCGCUUCCACCGCCUGCCGGAGCCGCCGCACGUCUGCUGGGAUGAAACCCACUUCGGGAAGAUGGGGAGCUACUACAUCAACCGCACCUUCUUCUUCGACGUCCACCCCCCGCUGGGGAAGAUGCUGAUUGGACUUGCUGGCUACCUUAGUGGAUAUGAUGGCACAUUUCCAUUCCAAAAGCCAGGGGACAGAUACGAACAGCACAACUACAUGGGAAUGAGAGGGUUCUGUGCAUUCCUUGGCUCCUGCCUGGUUCCCUUCGCCUACCUCACAGUGCUGGAACUGUCCAAGUCGCUGCCAGCAGCCUUACUCACAGCUUGCAUCCUUAUUUUUGAUACGGGCUGUAUUACUUUGUCCCAGUAUAUUCUACUGGACCCCAUUUUGAUGUUCUUCCUGAUGGGAGCUGUUCUGAGUAUGGUGAAAUGUAACGCCUGUGCAGAUAGGCCAUUUUCUGCCUCCUGGUGGUUCUGGCUGAGCCUGACUGGGGUGAACCUUGCUGGAGCAAUGGGGGUAAAGUUUGUUGGCCUUUUUGUAGUCCUCUUGGUUGGUCUGAACACAAUCUAUGAUCUGUGGGACUUGCUGGGGAACCUCAGCCUGUCACUGGUCAUGUUUGGGAAGCAUUUACUGGCUCGUGUACUCUGCCUCAUCCUGCUCCCGCUUGCCCUCUACACGGCCAUGUUUGCUGUUCAUUUUACAGUGUUAAAUAAAAGUGGUCCCGGGGACGGUUUCUUCAGUUCUGCCUUUCAGUCCCAGCUGAUUGGGAACAAUCUUCAUAACGUCUCUGUUCCAGAGCAUUUGGCAUAUGGAUCUGUGGUCACGAUGAAGAACCUUCGGAUGGCAGGGGGAUACCUUCACUCCCACUGGCACCUCUACCCAGAGGGCGUAGGGGCUCGCCAGCAGCAGGUCACUGCCUACUUACAUAAAGAUUUGAAUAACCUGUGGAUUAUAAAGAAACAUGACUCAGAUACAGCAGAUCUGUCAGACCCCUCCAGCCCUGUGGAGUUUGUGAGGCAUGGAGAUAUUAUUCGCCUGGAACAUAAAGAAACUUCAAGAAAUCUUCACAGUCACCAGCACGAGGCUCCCCUGACAAGGAAGCAUUUUCAGGUCACUGGCUAUGGAAUAAACGGAACAGGAGACUCCAAUGACUUCUGGCGGAUUGAAGUGGUGGGCAGAAAGCCUGGGAAGCUUAUCAAAGUCCUGCGGAGUCAGGUCCGGCUAACCCAUGUGGCCACAGGGUGUUUACUGGGCUCUUCUGGAAAGACUCUGCCAAAAUGGGGUUGGGAACAAGUGGAAGUCACCUGCACACCAUACCUGAAGGACACUCCCAACUCCCUCUGGAACUUUGAAGAUCAUAUCAACCCCAAGUUGCCCAAUAUCAGCCUGGAUGUUUUGAAGCCUUCUUUUGCAGAAAUUCUGCUAGAAUCCCACAUGGUUAUGAUCCGGGGGAACAGUGGCCUGAAACCAAAGGACAAUGAAGUUACGUCCAAACCCUGGCACUGGCCUAUCAACUACCAGGGUCUGCGUUUUUCUGGUGUCAACGAGACAGAUUAUCGGGUUUAUUUGCUGGGAAACCCGGUGGUUUGGUGGCUAAAUCUGUUCACUAUUGGGUUGUAUCUUCUGACAGCAAUUUCCACUGCUGUGGCACUGAAGAGAGGUGUCCAACUGUCAUCUGAACUCAAAGAACUAUACCGAGUUGUGCUUCAUGGUGGAGGACAGAUUGCUCUGGGCUGGCUCCUUCAUUACCUCCCCUUCUUUAUGAUGGGCCGAGUUCUCUACUUUCACCACUACUUUCCUGCCAUGCUUUUUUCCAGCAUGUUGACAGGAAUCACCUGGGACACACUACUGAAGUUCUUUGCUAGGUUCUUGUCCCCCAGCACUGCAGCUAGAAGAGUAUAUGGAGGAGGGAUCCUGGCGCUGGUUCUACUCAUCGUGUACAGCUUCUACCUCUUUCAUCCUCUGUCCUACGGGAUGAUAGGACCGAUGGCCUCCGACCCCAGCAGUCCCAUGGCAGGACUCCGAUGGAUGGACUCCUGGGAGUUCUAGAGCCAGCAAAGGGAGCCUGGGAACAGAGAGUAAGAAGCACAAGGACUGCUGCAUGUCGAACUGAUUCUGGCACUUUGGAGAUGUGACUGUAAAAUGCCCUCUCUCUGGCGUACUCUGGGUCUAGCAGCCCUGUUAUUUUGGCAUUUGUUUGCACUGCCUGCAUUGGAGGAUGCAAAAGCUGACCAUGAGAAGAUUCUCUUAGAAAGACUCAUGUUGUGAAUCCUUAAGUUAUAUUCCUGGACAGCGGGCUGCUUAACUCUCAGUUCUGAGCAGUGUAUCAGAACUCUUGACAGGCAAACAGUGGUGGCAUUGCAGCAGUCAGAGCAGGACAAGCUGGACUGUGUGCAGUUGCAUGUUCACGUGUGUGUGUGUCUGUCUUCCUACAUGCAAUGUAAGUACCACUCCAGUUUGAGAGCCAGAUAGUGUCCAAGGCAUUGGGAUUUAAACCAUAUUUAAUGACCUUUUUGACAGGAAGGUGUUUCUCCCUAAAGCUUCAAGUAAGCCUGUGGGGAUCUCCGUACUGCUCAGCCCUGGCUGUUGGAAUUUUUUUGUUCUGACCCUGAAUUUUUAUAAUGGGACUGAAAGGGGUCUGCUUGAAAUCUCCUGAGCCACUGUGCCUUGUCUGUCUCCCAGGCGCUCUGCUGACAGGGGAGAUGGAGAUUGUUUACCCUUUUAUACUGCCUUGCUUUCUGGUCACCUUUAAUCAUUUAGAGCAAUCACCUAUCAGGCCUGCGCUCAGAGCCAGACUGUUCCAGCUCAGCACUUUGUAGCUGUUUUGCAGUUCUUUCUGAAACUGCUAAGGAAAUUACAGUGGAAACAGCAGGUGAUUUAUUUUCUGCCCCAGUACACUGUGAAGAUGGGCAUUUUGGGUGUGUGAUUGUGACUGAAAUGAUAGCUUGAAAAUUUUAGACAGCUAUCAUUUGUCUUCUGAUCCAAGCUAUUCCAGUGCCAGUACCUAUGGCAUUUAGGAAAAAGGAUUCAUCUUAAUGAAUGUGGCAGCUACAGAACUGGCCGUUGGUAUCUGCACUCCAUAUUCCAAUACUGAGCAAGUUCCCUCUCAUAGAUGGCUGUCCAGCUAAUUAAUUACUGCAUUGAAGGAAAUGUGAGGCCAGGCAAAAAUUCUUUAAAUGUCAACAGCUCUUGAAUGUUGAAUCCACCCCUUCCAAGAAAGUGGAAUAUGAGGUGCCUUUCUCCUCUAUUAGGUCUGCUUUUGUGAAUUAUUCCUUUUAGUCCAUCUAUGCUUUGCUCAGUUUCAAUUUCUUGUCACAUUUCAUGGUUGCUACUCAGACCCCAGCUGUGUUCCUGUCUCAAGAACUAAUAUUUGCAAAACUUUUGUUUGUUUCAAGGAACUCAAGCCUAACAUUUCAGAUUUCUUGCUCUGCUUUUUAGCCAUGCAUCAAAAUUGUGGGUACUGGAAGUGCAGCGUGUGUGUGUCUGUGUUUAAAUGUGCAUUCAUUUCUCCUAUCAAACCUUGAAUUCUGAUGUAACUCCUACAGCACAGAAGGGCUGCAUUAACAUCCCCAAGAUAGUUGUUCUCCAUGGGGGACUGACUCCAUCAGACUGGCUUUCAUUCCUUUUUAAUAGAGGAGUUAUAGGAUUGUUCAGUAAGGCAGCUGCUUGCUAUUGUAAGGUUCUGGCGUGGAGUGUCACGUCUCUCCCCAGAAGCUGACUCUUAUAGAAACUAACUCAGAAGGUAGAGGUGUGUGCUUUUGAUUCUAAAGGUUUUGAGUUAAUUACCUGCUGAUAAUUCUUAGUGGGAAGUCAUUGCACUAAUUAGCUACUGGGUUUGAUGAUUCUCUUCCACUUGGCUGUUGCAGGAAGUGCCCCCACCUGCAUGAGCCAGGGGUUCACAAAGGUGUGAUAUCUACGAAGGAAGGACGGGGGAGAAGGCUGCAAAGUUCUUCAGAUCCAGCUCUGUGACAGGAGCUGCGAAUCGUUAACUGCUGGCAGCAUGGCAGACAGACUGCAGUGCUGCCUCUGUGGCAAUGUGAUUCAGCAUCUGCUUUGGUGAGAUGAUCAGCCCAAUGCCUUGCUAUCCUGAUCCAGAGUUUUCUUACAAUAGUCCCAUUGCCAUGGAGAGGAAUUUCCACAAAAACUGACAAAAGCUGUGAUUUGAAGUGUAUUUUUUUUCCAGCCUUUAACUUGUCUUUAACACUAAUGGCAAAAAAAUAAAAAUAAAAAACAAGAAACUUGUGUUAUGCAGUAACACAAUGCUUCCGAGUCUGGGGGUUAGCUGGCUGAAGGCGAUAGUUGUCUUACUCCCAUCUCCCCUGCUUCUGUUUCCGUAUAGACAAAGGUGUUUAUUUUUUCCUUUAGGAUUGCCAGUUCAGAAAUCCUCCGAGAGCGUUUGAUUGGCAUUGAGACUAUCCUAUUUCUCAGGUCUUGUGUGCUGGUAAUUGGAUGGUGUCAUACAGUGGAAAAAAAUAAUCCAAAUAUUCCACAAGAGGGAGCAACCUCCAGCUGAAUCUUUUUUUUUUUUUUUUAAUCUGUAGUUAAUAGUAUUAAAAGGUCUACAUUUGAAGACUAGGCAUUAAAAAAAAUGCACGCAUUUCACCUGCAAUCACUGGACUCCAAGGAUUGGGUUUUCAAGUCAGUGUAAGUGAAUAUUGCUGCUUGCUUACAGUAGAAGAGCAAUGGAAAAAAAUAGUAUUUGAUUCUCAAUAUUUGCUUCUCAAAAGCAAACAUACAAACAAAACCAACUUGUCAGGCCAUGUCUGGAACAGAAUAGUAACCAGUAUCUUGCUAGGUCAUUAAAAUGGAAUGGGAUUCCUUUAAUUGACUCUGAUAUAGAAGGUCUCAGUGGUGGAGGCGUGAGGUAAUGGGUACAGGGCACUCUUUGCAUUCUGAAUGGAAGUUGGGCUGCUUUAGUUCAGCUUUUCUGUACGUGUUUGUGUUCAGGUUCAUCCUGAGGGUUGCUUAUUAGUCCUCUUCCCAAGCCACGUGGAAAAUAGCUAGUGGUGCUUUUCAGAAGGUGCCAGAAGGUGCUGCUCCCUGGAGCAGCUGCUUGCUUUGAAGUUUGUUUGACAGGGCUCCUUUUAUCACUAGUGAAGUGUUUGAUCAAACUGUGUGUAUAGAUUCAGAACACAAAAAGCUGCAGGCCUCCAGGUUCCCUGUUUGUUUUUUUUUUUGGUCUGCGUGUGCAAAUAUUUUCACCUCUUUAGUCUUUGGAGGAUAGAUAGAUGGUCUCUAGGCUCAUCUGGCUUCUCCUAGACAAGCCAUUCAUCUUAAAAAAUGUGUUAACAGCUGCGUCAGAACACCUCUGCACACAUGUAUUCCAGCAGCAGGGACUGGUGUGUGUCCACGAGGUGGACUACACACACUCAGACUUGUGACCAUGAUGAGGAUUUGAGUGGAGAUUCCUUUAUCAGUAUUACCCUUGGUCCAGGUGGAGGAUUGUGUGCCAUGCAUGGCUUACCAGUCUGGUUUGCAGUCCUGUGAAUAGGACAGCCAGCACCACUCUCCUCUGCAGUUUUCUUUUUGUAUCGAUUGGGUGGCCUUGGUGGUGCACAGAGAGCAUCGAUAGGUUCUACCUCUUUAUAUCUCUCUCCUCCCUUCUGCUUUUUCAAGUGCUUCCCACAGUCCAGGACAUGUCAUUGGUUUUCCUCCAACUUUUUAGGCUGUGCGUCCAUUUCAUAGGGGAGUCAGAACAAGGGGUAGGACAGAACACCACACAGUAUCCUGAGUGAACCUAUCACUUGCAGUGAGAGUAAAACCAGAACCAAAUUAUGGAAAGGUAAAGAAAUGUUUCAUAGGGUAGGAUUUUUCUGCCAACUGUCUGUAUACAUCUGAGAAUCGUUAUCAAGGGACUUGAGAGUGAACCAGCUGUCAACAUGAAAACACAGGCAUUUGCCUGAAAUUCCCCAUUGUUGCACUUAGAUGUUUCCCUUCCAGAGGCCAUGCCUGCAUGAUUUAGUCUGAGUUGGCACACUGCACAAGUGCCGCUGUAACACCCUUUCCUCCUCUCAAGAUGCUGCAGCAAUGUGAAAAUCUCCUUGGCUCUGGCCUUGCAUCUCCACCAGCUGAGGAAUGUAGGUAAGAUUUUUUUUCCCCUUUACAGCAAGUGACCACUCCUUGGGUGGUGAAGUGACCUUCCCCCUCAUCUAACUGCUAUGUGACUGCUAUGAAGGUAGAAACGUGUGGACUGUUAGAAUAUCAUAAGGCUCUUUCCAUCUGGAAAAGGGAAGAUGAGGAUAAGACCACCUCCAUCGCAUAUUUGCUGUCUUCAUGGUGCUGUGGGCUGCAAGCAGCCAGGACUGAAAAUUGUCUGUUUUAAGGCACUAAGACCUGAGUUGCAUGGCUGGUUGUGAGUUGCUUAACUUCUUAAUUCACUUGUGCUCUUCUCUUUGAAUGUCAAGGGCCAUGAUUGUCACAGGUGACAGCUGUGGUAGGGGAGGUACUAGCUCAGAAACCCCUCCUGCUGAAUUUGUGUUUGGUCCUAAAACCUCAGCGAAUGAGUUUAUUGUUUUACAAGAGGAACUGUUCAGAGCCAUCCUGGAGAACUUGUCCCUGACGGACCAAGAGCUUGGAGUAGCGGCGAGAGGGGCUCAUUUGUAGCUGUCCUAUAAUCUGAGCCUUUCUUACUAAUGCUGCUGGUGUGUGCGUGUGCAUGUGUCCAUCUGUCCACGAACCAUGUUCUAGAAGUGGGAUUACUGCACUAUACGAUGUGGAAGGGAAAAGCGUCCCUUGAGCUAUAAAUGUAUUUUGUACAGGGAAUCAUGGAGAAUGUGGUAGAAUUUUGAAUUCAAAUUUGUAAUAAAUACCUCUAAAUGCCUA